GGCUCGGAUGCAAGAUGUCUUCACAACCAGGUUCUGAGUUGCACAAGACGUGCAAUGUCUCUCCUGAAAUCCCUUUAGAACCCUCCGAUCCUAUAAAGGGCGUGGUGCGUCCCGUGGACUUCUCAACGGCCCGCAAAAUCCAUAUCGUCGUCGCAGGCAUAUACUUCGUCUGCAACAGCUCCCUAGGGUCCUCCCUACCAUCGGGGGCUCAUGACUCGAUUGCCGACUUUUUCCAAAUCCCGCGAGAUGACUUGAAAAUGGUCCUUCCCACUUCACUCUACAUGGCUGGGUUCGCGAUCGGCCCUAUUAUCUUUGGCCCUUUGAGCGAACACUUUGGCCGGAAACCGAUUUUGGUUACCACCUUUGCAAUCUACAAUAUUUUUACAAUGGCAUGCGCAUUGGCCCCUACCUUUCCAGCGCUUUUGAUAUUUCGCUUCCUCUGUGGACUGGGUGGCUCCGCGCCGAAUGCAGUGCUAGGUGGUUUGUUCUCUGACAUAUACAAUGAUCCUCAUCAGCGUGGAAUGGUGAUGUCGGUGUUCAUGUUCGCAACAACAUUCCCCCCGCUUCUGGGGCCUAUAAUCUCUGGUUUUAUCUCUCCUAUAUCUUGGAGAUGGACCUUUUGGGCUGGUUUCAUCAUCGGGGGGGUUGGCUUCCCUAUUGUACUUACAAUUCCAGAGACAUAUAUGCCUGUCUUGUCCCAAGUAUACGAAAAGUGUCUGGGUGAACGCAAUGUUGAGUCGGAAGCAGACAAGUCUCACCUACACGAUCCUCGAGCAGCAGAAAACAUCGCCCAAAUACUCUGUCGUCCCUUUAGCAUGAUUGCCCAAGAGCCGAUUGUGUUCUGUUGUUCAAUCUACCUGGCUUUGAUCUACUCCAUAUUGUAUCUUUACUUUCAAGCUUAUCCUAUAGUUUUUCAAGGGCUUUACGGAAUGACCCCUGGCGUGGCAGGUUUAGCUUUCCUUCCUAUUUUGCCGGGGUCAAUUCUCGCCUUUGUGCUCUUCUGCUUGUAUAGCUCGUAUCACACCAAGGCUUUGAACGGGGGUUUAGCUUGGGCCAAAGUGGAAGAGUAUCGCCGGCUCCCACUCGCUUGUAUCGCAGCGCCCUCAAUUCCCAUUGCCCUCUUCUGGCUCGGAUGGUCUUCAACUCCCUCUAUUCACCCCGUCAUGCCCAUGAUGUCUGGAGUUUUCUUCGGGUUCGGCUACCUCCUGAUCUUCAUCGCGCUCCUCAAUUAUCUCACCGAUGCUUAUAAGCAGUACUCGGCCUCAGCAGCUGCAGCCGCAAGUACAUUACGGUCGAUAUUUGCCGUGUGUCUCCCCUUGGCGACCACGCCGAUGUAUACCAACCUUGGUAUCGACUGGGCAAGUUCGGUACUAGGAUUCAUUUCAAUCGCCAUGGCUGUUAUUCCUUUUGUGUUCAUCAAAUAUGGUAGUUGGAUCCGCGGAAACAGUAAAUUUGCGCAAAAGAGCGGCGCAGGGAGGUCGCUAUGAAGGGGAGAAAGGGUUUCACGAAUAAUGAAUAAUAAAUAAUUUAGAGGUUCGAUAUAGACUAAAA